AUGUCUUCACGCACGGCGUAUGGCACCGUAAGCCGAGGUCUCGACGAAGGGAAGAGAUGUGUUGCUGGGUUUGGCUUCGAAGAAGGUGAAAACGACAGACGUCGAGGGGCGGCUCUCUUUGCUAACCAUCUCAACAGUAACGCUUUAUGCGUUCUGACACUGUCGCUUCAAUUACAGCAAGCCACUGAAAUGACAGUCGAGCACUACGCUGUUGGCAAUUUCGGAGUAAGGACGUUUAGUGAAGCAGCUGUGGCACAUGCUGCAGCUGGUGAGCAAACGGGUGGCUGA